AUGGCGAGGUAUGGCCGGAAAGACACGAACAAGAGCCUCGAGAGCUUACUGGACAUGGACAUAUCCGUGCAGGUCACCAAAAAUGCCAUCCCAAGGCAGCAAACCCGGAAAUUGAUUCCGGGACAGGGCCUUGAAUUCAACAACCUUUGCUACAGUGUCAUGAAGAAGCAGAAGAAGGACGGUGUUUGGAUAACUAAGGAAGUUGAUCUUCUCAAUGCAAUAUCCGGGCAGGCCUUGAGAGGUGAAGUCAUGGCCAUCCUGGGACCUAGUGGUGCCGGCAAGUCCACGUUUCUUGACGCCUUGGCUGGUCGCAUUGCACAGGGGAGUCUUCAAGGAUCUGUUAGAAUUGAUGGAAAGCCAGUGACAACUAGCUACAUGAAGAUGAUUUCAUCUUAUGUGAUGCAAGAUGAUCAGCUCUUCCCCAUGCUCACAGUCUUUGAGACCUUCCUGUUUGCAGCUGAGGUUAGGCUCCCACCUUCCAUUUCCAGGUCUGAGAAGAAAAAAAGAGUGUUUCAGCUCCUUGAACAGCUGGGCUUACAGAGUGCAACACAUACAUAUAUUGGUGAUGAGGGGAGGAGAGGAGUGUCAGGAGGUGAGCGGAGGAGAGUGUCCAUAGGGGUUGACAUAAUCCAUAAGCCAUCGCUGCUGUUUCUGGACGAACCCACCUCAGGACUAGACUCUACCAGCGCUUACAGUGUCGUGGAGAAGGUGAAGGACAUCGCUAGAAGUGGUAGCAUCGUCCUCAUGACCAUCCACCAGCCUUCCUUCAGAAUCCAAAUGCUCCUGGAUCGCAUCACUAUCCUCGCAAGGGGAAGACUGGUAUAUUUAGGAAGCCCAGCUGCUCUUCCUGCUCACCUCUCUGGGUUCGGACGGCCAGUUCCAGAUGGCGAGAACAGCCUAGAGUACCUCCUUGAUGUGAUCAAGGAGUACGAUGAAUCCACCGUAGGACUUGACCCCCUCGUGCUGUACCAGUGUGACGGCAUCAAACCUGAUCAAGUUGCCAGGACACCUAUCCCAAAACCGCCAAAAACACCACGCACUCCUUAUGGGAGGACUCCCAAUGGGAGGACCCCCAACCACAUUAGCCUUCGGAGUCAUCAGUUCUCUAUUGGAAAUAAGACGCCUUCUGGGCAAUCAGAUUACAAUGAUGAGAGGGAUGAUGAUGAUGAUUUUGACAAUUCCCUGGAGCGUAAAGCUGUCCAGACACCUAUGCAUAUGCAGCAUAGUGGAGUCUAUCCGCGCUUGGCUUCUCAUUUCUACAAAGAUUUUUCGGUUUGGCUCUACCAUGGUGUCACUGGAACCCCGCGUCGAGCACCAUCAUGGACUCCUGCAAGAACUCCAGGACAGACACCCGCGAAGACACCCAUGUCCGCUGCACGAAGUCAUAUUUCAAACCGAUACCCAACGCCUCACCAAACCCCUAUGAACAGGAAGACUCCAGUCUUCAGUCCCUUAGAAGAAUCAUACACUCCUUAUGAAGACUUGGAAAUGGAGGAAGUGCUUGACGAGCCAGACCACGGAUCCAAAUUUGCAAAUCCUUGGCUCCGGGAGGUUGCAGUCCUCUCGUGGCGCACUGGGCUGAAUGUAGUUCGCACUCCCGAACUCUUCCUCUCCCGUGAGAUUGUCUUGGCAGUCAUGGCCCUCAUUCUAUCCUCCCUCUUCAAAAAUUUAUCCAAACAGGAUUUCAUAACCAUCAAUAGGCUUCUGAAUUUCUACAUAUUCGCAGUUUGCCUCGUCUUCUUUUCCUCCAAUGAUGCCGUCCCCACUUUCAUCCAAGAGCGAUUCAUCUUCAUCCGAGAGACCUCCCACAACGCUUAUCGAGCCUCCUCUUAUGUCAUCUCCUCCCUCAUUGUCUACCUCCCAUUUUUCGCUGUUCAAGGUUUCACAUUUGCAGCGAUCACCAAGUACAUACUCCAUCUCAGAGCCAGUGUCAUCUACUUCUGGUUGAUCCUUUAUGCCUCGCUCGUGACUACUAACGCUUACGUGAUGCUCGUUAGCGCACUUGUUCCAAGCUACAUCACCGGUUAUGCUAUCGUGAUUGCCACUACUGCUCUCUUCUUCCUGACAUGUGGGUUCUUCUUGAAGCGGCUUCAGAUACCUCCAUACUGGAGGUGGCUGCAUUACGUCUCUGCAAUCACAUACCCAUUUGAGGCAUUGCUAACAAACGAGUUCAAAGGCGAAACCUGCUAUACUGGUACAGCAUCGGAUCUUUCGCCCGGUCCCAUGGGAAACGUGACCUUGAGCAAGCUGCACCUAUCGCGUCCAGAUCUGAUGAUACCGAAGUGCAUGCUGAUAGGGGAAGAUGUUCUGACCUCCAUGGAUGUUCAGUACUCAAUCUGGAAAGACAUUGGCAUAUUACUGGCUUGGGGAGUUCUUUAUCGUGUCUUGUUCUACGUGGUUCUUAGAUUUUAUUCCAAGAAUGAGAGGAAAUGAAGUUUGUA